AUGGCGCUUUAUAAAGCACCGACACCUCGCUCGCAGCACACAUAUCGAUUAUUUGACGCUGAGCGUGCUUGGUUGCCACGUCAGUCUCGUAAGUUGGAUGGCAAAAAAGCGGUUGAUGCCCCCACCGGAACCGAUGAACAGCCGAAUGAAAUGAACACCACUACUGCCGGUUCGAAGGCGGUCAGCCGGCUGUGUUUGCGGCGUUGCGCGGCUAACAAGACGCAGGGGAGAAGACGAGCACAACGUGGUUAG